GGAGGGUCACUGUGACCCCUCUUCCCACCCCCCACAUGCACGGGGCUGGGGGCUCAGCCAGGCUGGGAUGGAGUCUGGGAAGGAGUGAAUCUGUCAGUCUGUCCCUGACCCCAUUCGGGGUCCCUGUGUCCCCUUCCAGCUCUGGAGCUGGGCCUGACCCAUGUUUGGGGGUGUCAGGGUGUGACAAACUGGGGAAGCAGCUCCGGUGUCCCCCAAGCGUCCCCUCCCCAGGGGCUCCGCACCCCAGAUUGAGUUGGAGGGGUUUGGGGGGCUGGACCUGCUCACCCCACGCCCCUCCCCCGUUUCUGCCCCCCAGGCUGCUGGUGGGGGCCCCCCAGGACGCGGAGCCGGUGAACGGGACACGGACGGGAGCCGUGUACGCCUGUCCCCUGAGUGCCACCACCCGCGACUGCCAGCGCCUGGCCAUCGAGCUCAAGGAUGAGCCGGACAAGGCCAUCAUUGAGGACAUGUGGCUGGGGGUGACAGUGGCCAGCCAGCGGCAGCCACCGGGGAGGGUUCUGGCCUGUGCCCAUCGCUACACGCGGGUGCUGUGGUCGGGUGCCGAGGCCCAGCGGCGCAUGGUGGGCCGGUGCUACGUGCGGGGCAAUGACCUGCGCCUGGACCUGGGUGACGAGUGGCAGACGUACCACAACGAGAUGUGCAACGCCAACACCGACACCGACGAGACCGGCAUGUGCCAGAUGGGCACCAGCGCCGGCUUCAGCGCCAACAUCAUCUACUUUGGGGCACCGGGAGCCUACAACUGGCAGGGCACCGAUUACAUGCUCCAGAGGGAGAUGUGGGACCUGCACGACUUCUCCUACCCCAACAAGAGGAACGGCAACACCUACAUAGGGUACACGGCCGAGGUGGGCAGCGCGGUGCUGCAGCAGGACGCGGUGACGCUGGUGACGGGCGCGCCCCGGUACCGGCACACGGGGGCCGUGCUGCUGCUGAGCCGCGGGGCCCGGCAGGCGCUCAACCGGAGCCUGCUGCUCCCCGGGCCCCAGGUCGGCUCCUACUUCGGCAGCGCCCUCGCCCUGGCCGACCUCAACAACGACGGGUGGCAGGACCUGGUGGUGGGGGCCCCCUACUACUUCGAGCGGAAGCAGGAGGUGGGGGGCGCGGUGUUCGUGUACAUGAACGAGGCCGGGGGCUUCCAGCAGCUCCCCAGGCUCGUCCUGACCGGCCCCAGCUACUCCGGCUUCGGCUUUGCCCUGGCCAGCAUCGGGGACAUCAACCAGGACGGCUUCCAGGAUAUCGCCGUGGGGGCUCCUUUCGAGGGGCCUGGCAAAGUCUACAUCUACCACAGCAGCGCCGAGGGGCUGCGGGACCGACCCCGGCAGGUGAUCAGCGGGUCAGAGCUGGGCCCCACCACGAUAAAAACCUUCGGGUACUCCCUGAGCGGGGGGCUGGACAUGGACGGGAAUUCCUACCCGGAUCUGCUGGUGGGCAGCCUGAGCGAGCGAAUCGUCCUGCUCAGAGCCCGUCCCGUGAUCAACAUCCUGGACAAGACCUUCACGGUGACCCCCAGCAAGGUGGACCCCGCCCAGUGCACACCCAAGUCCUGCAUGACGGUGACCCUGUGCUUCUCCUACAACCAGAGCGCGGGGGACCCCAACUACAGGGAGAGGAUCACCCUGCGGUACACGCUGGAGGCCGACAAGGACCGGCACCCGCCCAGGGUCAGGUUCUCGGGGUCCCAAUCUGCCACCUACACCGGGGACUUCUCCAUGCCCGACACGGAGGGAUCUCUGUGUGAUUCCCACCCCUCGCAGGACAAUGUCCGGGACAAGCUGCACCCCAUCGUGCUCUCCAUGAACUACUCGCUGCUGGAGAGGCCCAGAACGUUCCAGCUGGGCCCCCACUCCCUGGACGCCUUCCCCGUCCUCAACCAGGACCAGUCCCACGAGAACGAGACCAAGAUCGAGUUCCAGAAGGAAUGUGGAUCUGACAACCAGUGCUACAGCAACCUCCAGCUCCGGAGCAGCUUCGUCACUGAGCAGAACCAGGCGCUGCCCAGGGUGAACGGGACCCAGGUGCUGCAGUACAGCCGGGACGUGCGGAAGCUGCACCUGAGCAUCAACAUCACCAACGUCCCCAGCACGCCCUGGAACGGCGAGGACGCCCACGAGGCGCUGCUCAACGUCACCGUGCCCCCCAGCCUGCUGCCCUCCUCCGUCCGCCCGAGCGGAGCCUGCACCUUUGGGGAGACGGUGCUGUGCGAGCUGGGAAACCCCUUCAAGAGGAACCAAAGGGCAGAGCUGACCAUCACCUUCGAAGCCAUCGGGAUCAUGCUGGACACGCGGGAGAUCGCGGUGUGGCUGGACCUGUCCACGCAGAGCACCCAGGAGGAUCUGCAGCCCGUGCUGGCCAAGCUGCUGGUGGAUUACAGCAUCCAGUCCUCGCUGAGCAUAGCCUCAUCCCACAUCCAGUCCUACUUCAGCGGGACCGUGGUGGGCGAGUCGGCCAUGAAACAGGAGCAGGACGUGGGCAGCCCCCUCACCUUCGACUUCCAGGUGACCACCAAAGGCGAGUCCCUGGGCACGCUGGGCACCAUCCUGCUGGGCUUUGAGUGGCCCCACGAGAUCCCCAAUGGCAAAUGGCUCCUGUACCCCACCGAGAUCCUGGUGAACGGCAAUGACACGUGUCACCCCCCCGGGGGGGUCAUCAACCCCCUCAACCUCACCCUCCUGCAGGACCAGGCUCCAUCCCGGCGGAGACGGGAGCUGGAGCCCCCCGAGCCGGGGGAGCCCCCGGUCACCUUGGCCACCGGCCGGCGCCCCAGGUCCGAGGCGGUGCUGAGCUGCUCGGCGGGCACCGCGCGCUGCGUGUGGUUCGAGUGUCCCCUGCUGCACACGCAGCUCCCCUCCAGCUUCAGCCUCCGCGCCCGCGUCUGGAACAGCACCUUCAUCGAGGAGUUCCGGGACUUUGACCGAGUGAAGGUGACGGGCACGGCCACGCUGUUCCUGCGCUCUCAGGUUCCCACCAUCACCAUGAGGAACCACACGGUGCGGUUCUCCGUGGACGUGGACUCGGAGCUGCAGGAGGAGCAGCCGGCCGAGAUCGCGCUCUGGCUGGUGCUGGUGUCGGUGGCAGCCGGGCUGCUGCUGCUGGGGCUCAUCAUCCUCCUCCUCUGGAAGUGCGGGUUCUUCCGGCGGGCCAACACCCGGGCCAUGUACGAGGCCAAGGGGCAGAAGGCGGAGAUGAGGAUCCAGCCGUCGGAAACCGAGCGGCUCACGGACGACUACUAACGGGGGGCACCCCCCGUGCCCCCCCGGGCCCCGCCUGUGUGACUUUUUCCAGCGGACCCGCUACUACCGGAUCAUGCCCAAGUACCACGCGGUGCGGAUCCGGCAGGAGCAGCGCUACCAGCCCGGGGGG